AUGACGGACCAGAAGCAGGAGACCUACUGGCAGGAGACGGGCCGAUGGGCGGGCUACGAGGAGACCUUCGACCCUCAGUCGGGGGCGUGGGCGUCCCCGCACAUCUCCUACCUCACCUUCAAGAGCCUCAUCCAGCUGCGACGCACCAUGAACACGGGCGUCACGAUCUUCGACUGUGAAGAGCGGGACCUGAACACCAUCGCCGAGAAGAUGCUGAACGAAAUGGUUAACAAGAAAGAGAUCAGGCCUGGCGACCGGGAGGGCGUGCUGAAGGCUCUGCUCCAGAACCGCAGCCAAUCAGACGACCCAGAAAGCCAGGCGCUGACUGAUAGGGUGGACCUGCAGAGGUUCUCAGUCAAGGAGAGGAAGGAUGAAUCUGACCGUGAUGAGGUCUCUUUGGUGCUAGUAGGAGCCUUGGACUUUCUGGAGAAGCCCACAGUCGUGUUUGUGCGUCUGAAGGAGGCGCUGGUGCUCGACUCGGCCUUGGAGGCCCGGGGGCCGGUACGCUUCAUCUUUGUUCUGGUCGGCCCAAACAAGACGGACAUGGACUACCACGAGACGGGCCGUGCUAUGGCCGCGCUGAUGGCCGACAAGGUGUUCAAUCAAGCGGCGUUGAAGGCAAAGAGUGCCCGGGAGCUGACGGACACCGUGGCCGACUUCAUGGACUGCAGCAUCGUCAUCCCCCCCACCGAGAUCCAGAACGAAGCCAUGCUCAGCUCCAUCAUCAGCUUUCAGAAGAAGCUGCUUCAGGGCCGACUCCAGACCUCCAAGCCCAUUCUCCCUCUGGACUCCAAACCUCGCAGGGUUUCUAUCGCUAGCGGGUCUUCUCGCUCUGAAGACCCCCUGUCCCGUACGGGUCGCCCAUUUGGGGGGAUGAUUCGGGACGUAAAGAGACGCUACCGGUACUACAAGAGUGACAUCACAGAUGCUCUCAACUCCCAGGUCCUUGCCGCCAUCAUUUUCAUCUAUUUUGCCGCCCUGUCUCCAGCCAUCACCUUCGGAGGGCUACUGGCUGAUAAGGUGGACAAUAUGAUGGGCGUUCCGGAGCUCCUCAUCUCCACCAGCAUCCAGGGAAUCAUCUUCUGCUUUGUUGCUGCUCAGCCCGUCCUGGUCAUCGGCUUCUCUGGUCCCCUGUUAGUGUUUGAGGAGGCCUUCUACGCUUUCUGCAAGUCCCAGGACAUUGAGUACAUCGUGGGGCGAGUGUGGGUCGGAGUGUGGCUGGUCAUCAUCGUGGUGAUCAUUGUGGCCUUUGAGGGCAGCUUCCUGGUGCGAUACAUCUCACGCUUCACCCAGGAAAUCUUCUCCAUCCUCAUCUCCCUCAUCUUCAUCUAUGAAACUUUUGCCAAGCUGGCGAAGAUCUAUAAGGCACAUCCGCUCAUUCUGAAUUACGACCAUCUGAAUUCCACUCUGGAAAACCCCUGGCACCCAAAGGUGGAAGAGACCGUCAUCUUUGACAAUGCUACCGGCAAUACAACUGUCCUCAUCCAAACCAUUAAGCCGCCUUAUCCCAACACAGCUCUGCUCUCCAUGUGCCUCAUGUUAGGAUGUUUCUUUAUUGCUUUUUUCCUGCGGCAGUUUAAAAAUGGGACAUUUCUUCCUGGGAAUGUGAGACGUUUGAUUGGCGACUUUGGGGUCCCUAUCGCAAUUUUCCUCAUGAUUGUCGUGGACUACAACAUCGACGAUACCUACACUCAGAAACUAGUGGUUCCCAAAGGUCUGAUGGUGUCUAAUCCGGCCAAAAGAGGCUGGCUCAUCAACCCCUUCGGAGAGCACCAGCCCUUCCCUGUGUGGGUGAUGUUUGCGUGCUGCGUCCCGGCCUUGCUCGUCUUCAUCCUCAUCUUUCUGGAGUCUCAGAUCACCACUUUGAUUGUGAGUAAACCCGAGAGGAAGAUGGUCAAGGGCUCCGGGUUCCACUUUGACUUGCUGGUUUUAGUUGGCAUGGGAGGGCUCGGUGCGAUAUUCGGCGUGCCGUGGCUCAGCGCCGCCACGGUGCGGUCUGUCACGCACGCCAAUGCCCUCACCGUCAUGAGCAAAGGACCAAAGCCUGUGAUAGAGAAAGCGAUGGAGCAGAGGAUCAGUGGCAUUGUGGUGGCUUUGCUGGUCGGUUUGUCUAUACUGAUGGAGCCGAUCCUGAAGAUGAUCCCCAUGUCGGCCUUGUUUGGGAUCUUCCUCUACAUGGGAGUCACGUCGCUGAACGGCAUCCAGCUGUGGGAUCGUAUCCUGCUUCUGCUCAUCCCGAAGAAAUACCACCCGGAUGAGCCCUACGCCACCAGAGUGAGCACGGGGCGGAUGCACUUGUUCACAGCCAUUCAGCUAGUGUGCCUCGCGCUGCUCUGGAUCGUGAAGUCCAGUCCAGUUUCCCUCGCACUUCCCUUCAUACUCAUCCUCACCAUCCCUCUACGCAUGUUUAUGACUGGGCGUCUCUUCACUGAAGUGGAAAUGAAAUGUUUGGAUGCUGAUGAUGCCAAGGUGACGUUCGAGGAGGAGCCGGGACAGGACGUAUACUGUGAAUCUCAAAUGCCAUUGUAG